GAGUAGCCGACCAGUUAACAAUAUUUGAAGAGAUAGAUAUUAAAUAAAAAUUAGUUUAAACAGCAGCAACAUGGAGGCCACAUAUUUGGUGCUGAUUCUAUGUUUUAUAGCCGCUCUCGGACAGACAGCGCUGGCGCUCAAAGAGGAAGACUGCGAAGUUUGUAUCAAGACUGUUAGACGUUUUGCGGACACGCUCGACGAUGCAACCAAAAAGGACUACAAACUAAUUGAGACGGAGUUUAAGAAGUUUUGCAAAAUACAAAAGAAUAAGGAGCACAGAUUUUGUUACUACCUCGGUGGCUUGGAGGAGUCAGCGACAGGCAUACUGAAUGAACUUUCAAAACCAUUGAGUUGGUCGAUGCCGGCAGACAAGGUUUGCGAGAAAUUGAAGAAGAAAGAUGCGCAGAUUUGUGACUUGCGUUAUGAGAAACCAAUUGACUUGAAGAAUGUGGAUUUGAAGAAAUUAAAAGUUCGUGACUUGAAAAAGAUUUUAAACGAUUGGGAUGAAGGUUGUGAUGGCUGUCUGGAGAAGACCGACUUCAUACGACGUAUUGAGGAGCUCAAGCCUAAAUAUUCUCAUGGAGAACUGUAAAUACGCCCACUGUCACACCCAAACUAUCUCCACACACACCCACACGCAUACUAUUUUUUAGUUAAUUUACAACUUGUAUGCAUUUAAUUGCAACACAUAGUUUUGAUAGACUUUGAGGAAAUAAUAAUAAUAAUAUUUUUUGAAAUAAAAACAAACAAACGAAAAACACACCGUAACAAAAUGACCUCAAA